CACUCAUCAGAGCGAAAGGGGCCCGUGGACGGAGACAGUCAGAGUCAAAAUGCUUCUCUGUGCUGAGCGGAGCUGAAAUCUGUGCGCAACUGGAUAAAAAAAAGGGAAAAGUGGGGGUCCGGAUGGAGUUUAAAAUAACAGGAGUAUUACGCGUUGGGGUUUUUCUCACUAAUGGAUUAUCAAAGGAAUAUGACAUUCAGUCGGACUGCUCCGUUCACGCGUGAAUUUGGAUUCUUGAGGUAACAUCUCCAGCUGUGUGAUACAGGAAGUGUCGUCUGUGAGCAGCCAUGGGCCAGAGAGCUGCGCUUCUGCUCAGUGAGCUUCUGCUGCUGCUGCUGACAGCCUCUCGCACUCUCCUCGCAGUCAGCUUCCCGGAGGACAACGUGCCCCUUGAUGUCGUCGACGCACACUUUUCACGGAGGUACCCUGUGUUCAGAGGCAGGCCCUCUGGCAACGAGUCACAGCAUCACCUUGACUUUCAGCUGAUGACUAAGAUACAGGACACUCUGUUCAUCGCUGGCAGAGAUCAGGUGUACCUAGUCAGUCUGAGAGAAUCCUACAGGAAUGAGAUCAUUCCUUACCGGAAGUUAACGUGGCGAUCAGGCCAAACUGACAGAGAGAUGUGUGCUGUAAAAGGAAAACACAGAGACGAAUGCCACAAUUUCAUUAAAGUGCUGGUUCCCAGAAACGAUGACCUAGUGUUCAUCUGCGGUACCAAUGGCUUCAACCCCAUGUGCAGAUACUACAGGCUGGAUAACCUUGAGUUUGAUGGGGAAGAGAUCAAUGGUCUGGCACGGUGCCCGUUUGACUCCAGGCAAACCAACGUUGCACUUUUUGCUGAAGGGAAGCUGUAUUCUGCAACUGUAGCAGACUUCCAGGCCAGUGAUUCCGUCAUCUAUCGUAGUAUGGGUGAUGGAUCAGCCUUGAGAACCAUCAAAUACGACUCCAAAUGGCUGAAAGAACCUCAUUUCUUGCAUGCAGCAGAGUAUGGGAAUUACGUGUACUUCUUCUACCGAGAGAUUGCAGUGGAACACAGCAAUCUGGGAAAGGUUGUGUAUUCUCGUGUGGCCCGAAUCUGUAAAAAUGAUGUUGGAGGGUCACAGCGGGUGCUGGAGAAGCACUGGACGUCUUUUGUGAAGGCCAGGCUGAACUGCUCCGUGCCAGGGGAGUCCUUCUUCUACUUUGACGUGCUUCAGUCCAUCACUGACAUCAUCGACAUCAAUGGAGUCCCCUCAGUGGUGGGUGUGUUCACCACACAGAUGAACAGCAUCCCAGGAUCAGCAGUGUGUGCCUUCUCCAUGGCUGACAUUGAAAAAGUAUUCUGGGGCCGCUUCAAAGAGCAGAAGACCCCUGAUUCGGUGUGGACUCCAUUUCCAGAGGAGAAGCUGCCCAAACCUCGACCCGGGAGCUGCGCAGGUCACGGUCCAGCUGCGUCCUUUAAGAGCUCCAUCGAGUUCCCGGACGAUACCCUGCAGUUCAUCAAGUCCCACCCCCUUAUGGAUACAGCUGUGCCUUCUAUUGGGGACGAGCCUUGGUUCACCAAAACACGUGUCCGGUACAGGCUGACAGCGCUGGCUGUGGACAAUGAAGCAGGGCCCCACAAGAAAUACACAGUGGUGUUCAUUGGGGCUGAGUCUGGGGUCGUCCUCAAGGUUUUAGCCAAGACCUCCUCUGUGACCCUGAAUGACAGCCUGCUCCUCGAGGAGAUAGAUGUCUUCAACAGGGCCAAGUGCCUGUCUAGUAGAGAGGAUGACAAGCGUGUCCUCUCACUGCACGUGGACAAAGACACACACAGCCUUUAUGUCGCCUUUUCAAGCUGUGUCAUCCGUGUUCCCCUGAGUCGCUGCGAAAGGCAUUCUUCCUGCCACAAGUCCUGCAUUGCAUCAAGGGAUCCGUAUUGUGGCUGGAAGCCUCAUGGAGCUUGUGAAAGGAUACAGUCGGGUGUUUUGACUGGAUAUGAGCAAGACGUCGAAUUUGGAAACACGGCUCACCUAGGAGACUGUCAAGCAUUUUUGGGCACUACUUCAGCGCCAGAUUACAAAUCAUUUGGCGACCCUACCUCUGACAUGGAGUUUUCAUCAGCGCCAGUCACUGUCCAGCCCAGUGGGCCCAUACACCCCCCAGUACUCAUACCUACUCAGAGCCCCAGCUCUGAGCCUGGUCCAGAGCUCUACGGCUCAGGCUUUGUGCUGCAGGAUGACCCAGCUACCUCCCAUUCUUUAGACUCUAUCCCAGGGGGGCAAGAGGGUGUGUGGGAUAACCAUACAGGUGAUACCAACCAAAUGGUCCACAUGAACAUCCUCAUCACCUGCGUCUUUGGUGCUUUUCUCACGGGUGCUCUUCUGGCUGGUCUGAUUGUGUUUUGCUACCGAGACUCUUUCCUCCGCAAACCGAGACAUGUCCACAAGGAUGCGGAGUCUGCACCCUCCUGCUCUGACUCUACAGGGAGUUUUGUUAAACUCAACGGCCUCUUCGAUAGCCCCGUAAAGGAGUACCAAACCAACAUUGAUUCUCCUAAGCUGUAUACCAAUCUGCUGAGCAACGGCAAAGACUUAAAUACGCCAAAUGGUGACACAAAGACCAUGAUUCUGCGAGACGGCUGUCAACCUCCAGAGCUGGCUGCUCUGCCCACACCUGAGUCCACACCUGUGCUUCAGCAGAAAGGCCUACAGCCCAUCAAGAACCAGUGGGAGAGGGCUCAUGGAAAGGUCAGCGGUCCCAGAAAGGAGUCCAACUCAUCAGCCAUGAGUCCACAGUUCCUUCCUUCUUCUGUUGCUCCAGCUAAUGCAAACCCCCACCACCCUCACCUUGCCCUGGGACACUCCCACAUCCCUAGUGCGGUUGUCUUGCCCAAUGCCACACAUGAUCACCCUACCCCUGAUGACGUAGAUGAGACUCUGCCACAUUCAUCUGAAAAGAAACUAAAGAAUCCAGAUUCUAAGGGAAGUAGGAAAGAUCAGAAGAGGUCUGUGGAUGCCAGGAAUACUCUAAAUGACCUUUUAAAACACCUUAAUGACUCUGUGGCCAGUCCCAAGACCAUUCUUCAAGAGGGAUCAGGGUCCCGGCCGAGGCCGCAACUCACACUGGAGCCUAUGGAGGAACUGACUGAAGUACCCCCCAAGGUUCCCAGUCGUGAGGCUUCCUUGUACUCUCCUUCCUCCUCCCUGCCAAGGCACAGCCCCACCAAGAGGGUUGAUGUGCCCAUGCCCACAACUCCCACUACACCAACAGGAAGCUUGAGCAUGGGGGGCACCCUGGAGAGGCAAAGAGGGGGGUACCAACUCCACCGGAGUGCCUCUCACAGGCACUCCUUAUCCACUUCACCAAAUGGAGUAACUAUGGGGGUGUCUGUGUCUCGCCAACACAGUAUGAACAGAGGGGGUUACAUGCCUCCAACACCUCCCUCCAGACUUGACUCGCAUGGUGCAGUGUUGGCACCAGGAAUGCACUCACCCCACCCACCCUCUAUGUCCCGACAAAGCAGCUAUAGUGGGCAUGGCUCCCUCCCUCGUACGGGCCUUAAACGGACCCCAUCCAUAAAGCCAGAUGUGCCCCCUAAACCCAAUGGGUUUUCUCCACAGACACCACAAAUGCGAGUGGUCAACAAGUACAGUUAUUAAAACACCAUGGACACUUCUGAGUGAGUUCAUGACCUGUAGAUCACUGCACCCUGAGGACUUGGGGUGUGUGGGUGGGAUAAGGCCUAGUGUGUGUUGGUGUAUCAACUUGAGUUGUGUUCCCCCUUUAAAUGAUAUGCACAGUUAUUCAUACUAAAAAGGGAAAACCACACAUGGCCAAAGAUACUCCCUGAGGUAUCUACACCUUUGAUCUCCCUCCCUGUGCCCGGUAGCCACAGGAUAUAAACAGUGGACAGUGGUAAAUCUGCUGCUACCCAUUGUAUCUGGGCUUGGGUGUCACCCGUUCCAAUAUUAGGUACGAGGUUUAAGAUGCCAGCAGGGGCCACUAAGGCGUAUGUGUAUGUGGUACCAGGUUAAAAACAGUGGAAUACUUGAAGAAUGGGUCUCAAUUGUUGCUGUCCUUGAGCACUGUCUUCCCACUAAUGUGAACUGAACAGAGAGAAGAGGUUGGCCAUGCCUCUGGUAGAAAGAUGGCAGACGGGAGGAAGAUCAAUAAUCAUUGUGUGUGAUCUGCUUUAGAUACAUUUAACCACAAAGAGCUGAAACAAGCAGCAAGCAAAGAGCAAACGAAUGUGUAUUUUUUGACUGGAAAACAGAUUUGUGCAAAACCAGUACACAUAACAGGCCUUCGAGAGUGGUGCCAGCGGUUGCACCUUAUGACCUGUUGAAGACCUAAAUCACUGUCUUUCAUUUCAACAAUAUCAUCUCUUCUUUGGUCUUUUUUUGAACUCAUCUGAACCAAGCCUGGACCAUUUUUGUGUGUCACUCUAUAGUGGUAAUUAGAUUGGGCUGUGGUGAAGCUGAUUGUGCUGAGUGUAUACAGAAACAGGGACUCUGUAACUCACUGGGAAAUUUGAUUCAAUAUUUUGCUGCUAUUGGUUUUAGACAUAGAUGUUUGUCUGUGAUGCAUUUUUUUUCUAAACCAUGCUUGGAAAGCCUCUGAUAUGGGUGUGCACAUCCACUUGUGGGUGCGAGUAUAAGUGUUAUAAUGCAGACAGAAGUCAAGAAGUACAAAUUUGAGGAACCAGAUGCAGUGUUUAAAACUGAUGUGUGGGACAAAAUGUUUCUCUCCCAGACUGAAACUUACCAAACCUUCACUGCCCAUUUUUUAAGGAUUAUACUGGUAAUUCUUGAGUCUUCUGUCUUUAUGUAGCAGUAAGAAGAAAAAAAAUAAUCUCAUUCUAUAAAUGCCUUUUAAACAAUGCUUUUUUUCAUCUUAUUUGAAAGAAUAUACCAUGUAAAAUUAAGGCAACAUCAACAAUUUAGCCCAUUUAUAUGAAGUUAAAAUUUCAGGAUACUUCUGUUAAACUUGUAUACUCUAACAGAAGAACACUAUAAUUUGCCUCCCACAUUAAUCUAGUAAAAAUAUAUUAAACUGAUGGUAGAACCAUACAUGGAUGCAACAUCUUUGUCAUCUGUUCUGCUGGUUUUUCAGCCUGUUUUCCCUGUGCAGAUUCCCUGCAAGUGGCCAGUGUACAAUCAAUGCAACAAUUUACCAAUGUGUCCAAAUGAGUCAUGCUGGGAAUGACAAGAUCCUGUAUAUACUAUAAAUAGGGAGUAUAAUAUUUUUAGGCAAGUGAACCUGAAUCUGUGCAUUGUGUGCCUUAUUCAAAGAAAUGAACACAUACAGUAUAAUAUUGGCAAUGUCGAUUGGUCCUCUGUAUGUUAUUGUCAUAUGUUCUAGAAACAAUUUAAAAUUCAGCAGGAUGUGUGUCAAAAAUCUCUACGUAAUUCAUUCCGCUCAGGAAUGCCAGUCAAAUAUAAAGACAGUUUAAAAUCACCUAUUGGGAUAUUUGUAAAUUAUUCUCUUUUGCUGCCGGUGUGUAUAAGAAUUGUGUUAUUCCACAACACAAUGGUGCCAUGCAGUGAAUGUAUUUUCAUGACCGUGGGAUGUAAGGUGGUCAGACCUUGCACUGUGGAGCAGUCAGCUCAAUGCAGCACAUCCUGCCCACAGCCAAUGUAUUAACACAGUGUUCACAUGAAAGCUAUCUCUUGGCAUGGACAGCAGUGGUGCAUAAUCUGUAAUUCCCCAGGAUUGCAGUGACAAGAAUUCUUUUUUUUUUUUUUCCUUGGCCAGAGGGGACAACCGAGGGAUCAAUUCUCGUAGCAGUGCGUACAUGAUUUGGGUGAUUUUUGCAAUCUUGUCUGAGUGUCAGCUGCCUGUUUAGCCCAAAGCCACAUUUUGUUUACAAGUGAUGAUUGUAUGUGAAGACUUUCUGCCUGUCAUCUAACCAGUGUUUGGGCUCUCUUUUCUACUCAGCACAUGCACACUGACGUUGCAAACAUGCACUCAACAUACACUCUUCAACUGCCUUGUACAUUGCAAUAUGACCUGGGUCUUUUUGUUGCAAUCUAAACUGAAGCCUUUAUAUUUCAGUCAGAGCUUGGUGUAUGUGCAGAACCUUUUUUUUUUUAUUUUUUUUUUUUUUUUUGUCAUGUAAUUUUGAUUUAAAUGCUGUGCAACAUGGCAAUGCACAGCCAGCUGUAUAUUUGAUCUCCAGAGUAUUUGAGUGUGUAGAUAUGUUGUAUAGUUGUACUGUGAAUGUGUAAAUAAUGUUUUUUUUCUCCAUGUUUUUUGUUGAUUUUUUUUUUUUAACACGGCAUGUAUAGUUGAAAUAAAACAUUAC